GAGAGAGAGAGAGAGAGAGACCAUCCUGGAGAGAGAGAGACAGAGAGAGAGAGAGGGUGAUAAGACAACAUUCCUAACCUCCUGUCAGUGAGAGAGAGCAGCACAGAGGACAGCAGAGGAGCCUCCCAACCAACCAGAUCCUCCCCAGUCCCUCCUAGUCUACACUUUGUUCCACAUCCAGAAGAGGACCCGUUACACUGUGCUGGUGCUACCGACUGCUUUUUACCCUGCUCUUCUGUGAAGCCUACCCAUACUGCUCUUUACCCUGCUCUUCUGUUCAAUAACAACUCUACUGCUUUUUACCCUGCUCUUCUGUGAACCCUACCCAUACUGCUCUUUACCCUGCUCUUCUGUUCAAUAACAACUCUACUGCUUUUUACCCUGCUCUUCUGUGAAGCCUACCCAUACUGCUCUUUACCCUGCUCUUCUGUGAAGCCUACCCAUACUGCUCUUUACCGUGCUCUUCUGUGAAGCCUACCCAUACUGCUCUUUACCGCCCUCUUCUGUGAAGCCUACCCAUACUGCUCUUUACCCUGCUCUUCUGUGAACCCUUCCCAUACUGCUCUUUACCCUGCUCUUCUGUGAAGCCUACCCAUACUGCUCUUUACCCUGCUCUUCUGUGAACCCUACCUAUACUGCUCUUUACACUGCUCUUCUGUGAAACCCACCCAUACUGCUCUUUACCCUGCUCUUCUGUUCAAUAACAACUCUACUGCUGCUUCGUCCUACACCAGCUGUUGACAGCCAGACCAACGCCGACUAGUCAGCUACUCCACUACCCCCUCACUGCACUGCACUUCCCUCAAGCAGUACACGCUGUCUGAGGAGAACGCUGGACUGGUGGAGAUGAAGAUGCAGACCACUCCCACCAUGGACAUGGACGCUCUGACGUCCAUCUUGUCCAACGCGUCUUCAGAGAGUAGCUGUGCUCCUGUAGACAACACUGUGGAGAACAUGGUGUUUGGAGGUUACUACAUUCUGGUCUUUCUCCUGGCGCUCAAUGGUAACGCCUUGGCCCUCUGGAUCUUCUCCCGGCAGCGUGGCACAUCCUCUCCCGCUAACGUCUUCCUGUUGCACCUGGCUGUGGCCGACCUCUCCUACGUCAUAAUCCUGCCGCUCCGCGCCACAUACCACCUCAUGGGGGGCCACUGGCCAUUCGGCGAGAUUCCAUGUCGAGUCGCCGGCUUCCUGUUCUAUGUCAACAUGUACGCGAGUCUCUACUUCUUGGCGUGCGUGGCUGGGGAUCGCUACCUGGCCGUGGUACACGCAGUGAGGUCACUGAAGAUCCGCCGUGCCCGCUACGCCCACACCAUCAGUUUCUCCCUGUGGGCGCUGGUCACCAUCUCCAUGGCGCCCCUGCUGGUCACCCGCCAGACUGCGGAGGUGGACGGGUUGACGGUGUGUCUACAGCUGUACAGGGAGAAAGCCUCUCGUAAGGCCCUCGUCUCUUUAGCCGUAGCCUUCACCCCUCCUUUCCUCUCCACGCUGUCCUGCUACCUGCUCAUCAUCCACAGCCUGAGGAGAGGAUCCCGACUGGAGCCCCAGCUGAAGCUGCGAGCCCUGAGGACCAUCGGCCUGGUCAUGCUGAUCUAUGUGGUGUGCUUCCUGCCGUACCACGCCUCCAGAGCCACGUUCAUCCUGGGGUACGCCCACCCAGAUGUCUACUGCCAGACCAGGCGGGGUCUGUCCCUGGCCAACCGUGUCACCUCCUCUCUCACCUGUCUGAACGGGGGCCUGGAUCCUCUGGUAUACCUGUUUGGGGCCGAGAAGUUCCGGGGAACGGUGAGGAGGCUGUUCUUUAGAGACAGGGCCGGGGGAUCAGGGGCCACCAGUGCAGGAGAGCUGAAGGGAACACACGAGAGCUCUGUCAGCGCCAAGUCUGAGUUCUGAGAAGCUGGAGGUGGAACCAUCGGAAAUAUGAACUUUAUCUGACUGACUUAUUUUUAAGUACAUUUUUUUUAUACAUUUUUCUACCUGUUUUCACUCAAGCCUCUGCCAUCUCAAUACUUAUUUUUAUACUGCCGCUCCUGUCCAUAUGGGACUGUAACUUUGUUCUAUACAGCCUCUCCUGUCCAUAUGGGACUGUAACUUUGUUCUAUACAGCCUCUCCUGUCCAUAUGGGACUGUAACUUUGUUCUAUACUGCCUCUCCUGUCCAUAUGAGACUGUAACUUUGUUCUGUACUGCCUCUCCUGUCCAUAUGAGACUGUAACUUUGUUCUAUACUGCCUCUCCUGUCCAUUUGGGACUGUAACUUUGUUCUGUACUGCCUCUCCUGUCCAUAUGAGACUGUAACUUUGUUCUAUACUGCCUCUCCUGUCCAUUUGGGACUGUAACUUUGUUCUAUACAGCCUCUCCUGUCCAUAUGAGACUGUAACUUUGUUCUAUACAGCCUCUCCUGUCCAUAUGGGACUGUAACUUUGUUCUGUACUGCCGCUCCUGUCCAUAUGGGACUGUAACUUUGUUCUGUACUGCCUCUCCUGUCCAUAUGAGACUGUAACUUUGUUCUAUACUGCCGCUCCUGUCCAUAUGGGACUGUAACUUUGUUCUGUACUGCCUCUCCUGUCCAUAUGAGACUGUAACUUUGUUCUAUACUGCCUCUCCUGUCCAUAUGGGACUGUAACUUUGUUCUAUACUGCCUCUCCUGUUCAUUUGGGACUGUAACUUUGACUUUGGGAAAUCAAUUAGAGCUUGUUUCAUCAUCACCUCUCUUCAGUUGUAACUAUUUUCCACCCUGUCAAAGUGCUGGUAAAGACCAAAUCAAUGGAUUCCAUCCCAGUUGUAAUUGUAGUUGUACAGUAUUUUUUUGUUAGUUUUAAAAGGGGGAAAUGCAUGCCUUUUUACUCUUAGUAGGUCUUGAUCUGUGUUAACUGUUUAAGAUCAUGCUUACUAAUGCCUAAUAUGCUUUUGGGCAAGGUUAUUAUUAUUACCAUAAUACAAUCUUAUUUUCACUAAUUAAAGUGUAUCUUCAAUGUUUCCCGCCAAGUUAAUUCAUGUUACAAUCAAAUGCAUUUACUGUAUAUUAACGUUUCUUUGUUGUCCUAUUACCAAAAAAUAUAUAAUGUAGCCAUUCAUUUCAAAAUUAUAUAUUGGAUAAAUCUCUUACCGACUUUCUAGCAAAAAGUUAUGUUUGACACUGAGGUUAGUCAUCAGUGUCUCCAAAUGUAUGUGUUUGGACAUGGGUUUGCAAGCCUGUUUGUUUACAAGCUACUGUUUCCUCAAUACAUUGUAAUUGCUAUGCAUCCUCACGUAGCAUUUGAUAUAUGCAGAAAAGGAGCUAUAGGGCUUCAUAUGAAAGCAGUGAGAAACAGUCUGGGUGCAUAAAGACAACUGUUCUCAUCUAAAAUAUCUCAUGGCCUUUGUCUUAUUUAUACAUUUGACUGUAUCUUCACUUUAGGACUGUAAAUUAAUAAAUUGUUUUAUAUAUAUAUACAUAUAUAUAUAUAUAUAUAUAUAUAUAUAUAUAUAUAUAUAAAAUGUGUCUUUUUUCAUUCUAUGUGCUUACACUCUGUACAGAGUAGACUGAGGUUAUAGACUGUCUUAGUCCUUAUUAAAUACCACACUGUACAGAGUAGACUGAGGUUAUAGACUGUCUUAGUCGUUAUUAAAUACCACUCAGUACAGAGUAGACUGAGGUUAUAGACUGUCUUAGUGGUUAUUAAAUAACACUCCGUACAGAGUAAACUGAGGUUAUAGACUGUCUUAGUGUGUCACGUCCUGACCAGUAAAAGGGGUUAUUUGUUAUUGUAGUUUGGUCAGGGCGUGGCAGGGGGUGUUUGUUUUGUGUGUUUCGGGGUUUUUGGUGUAUGUUCUAUGUUUUCUAUUUCUAUGUGGGUUUUCUAGUUUUUGUAUUUCUAUGUUAGUUUUGGGAACAACCUCCAAUUAGAAUCAGCUGGUUGUCGUUGCUUCUAAUUGGAGGCCAUAUUUAAGUGGGUUUAUUUUCUCUUGUGUUUGUGGGUAGUUGUUUUUCGUAUAGUCCUUGUGUCCUUAUGGAACUGUAGGUUAACGUCGAUUUAUUUUGUUUAAGUGUUCACUUAUAUAAAUAAAAGAAGAUGAGCACUAUA